AUGGGGGACGCCCCCUCUUCAGAUCCCCAACUGUUUGGCAAACACAGUGACGGCUCCAAGGAGACGGCCCAGGGCAGGGGCAUCAGGCCGGCGCCGGACCCCUCCUCCCAGCGCAGCGCCACCAGCCCUGCCCUUUGCAUGCGGUUGGCAUCCUGGCCCCAGGGUGAGCUGGCACGGCAAGGGGGCCAGGACCCCCCCAAACCCAAGGGCAAGACCCUGGGCAGCUUCUUUGCGUCCCUGCCUGGCUUCAGCUCCGCCCGGAACCUAGUUGCUGGUGCCCACGGAGCCAUGAGAGAGGCCAGGCCAGCUGCUGACCCCACAGGUGCCCCUGGCCCCGAGGCCCAAGCAGCCACUGAUCCGGAAGCAAUGGCCAGGGACACGGAGAAGCAGCCACAGCCUUCAGAAAAGCAGAUGGCCAGGACCAAGGAUGCCAUCUCCUCUGGGGUGACCAACAUGGUGGAUGUGGCAAAGGAGGUGGUCCAGGGAGGUCUGGACACGACACGAUCGGCACUCAUGGGCACUAAGGAUGCAGUGGCUGGAGGGGUCGUGGGGCUGGUGGGCAUGGCUAAAGGCGUUGUGCAAGGGGGUCUGGAUACCUCGAAGGCUGUUGUGACCGGCACCAAGGACACAGUGACCACUGGGCUCACAGGAGCAGUGAACGUGGCCAAGGGAGCCGUCCAGACCGGCCUGGACACCACCAAGACUGUGCUGACCGGGACAAAAGACACAGUGUCCACUGGGGUUACUGGAGCAGUGAAUGUGGCCAAAGGGACGGUCCAGACUGGCAUGGACACCACCAAGACCGUGCUCACCGGCACCAAAGACACCGUGUGUAGUGGGGUGACCGGAGCCGUGACCAUGGCCAAGGGAGCCGUCCAAGGGGGCCUGGACACCACAAAGUCUGUGGUAAUGGGCACCAAGGACACAGUGUCCACUGGGCUCAUGGGGGCAGUGAACGUGGCCAAAGGCACAGUCCAGACCGGCCUGGACACCACCAAGACCGUGCUGACCGGCACCAAAGACACAGUGUCCACCGGGGUUACGGGAGCAGUAAACGUGGCUAAGGGAGCCAUCAAAGGGGGCCUGGACACAUCGAAAGCUGUCCUCACAGGCACCAAGGACACAGUGUCCACCGGGCUCACGGGGGCAGUGAACGUGGCCAAAGGCACUGUCCAGACCGGUAUGGACACCACCAAGACCGUGCUCACCGGCACCAAAGACACCGUGUGUGGUGGGGUGACCGGAGCUAUGAAUGUGGCCAAGGGAGCCAUCCAAGGGGGCCUGGACACCGGAGCCGUCCAAGGGGGCCUGGACACAUCAAAAGCUGUCCUCAUAGGCACCAAAGACACAGUGUCCACUGGGUUCACGGGGGCAGUGAACGUGGCCAAAGGCACAGUCCAGACCGGCCUGGACACCACCAAGACCGUGCUGACUGGCACCAAAAACACUGUGUGUGGUGGGGUGACCGGAGCCGUAAAUGUGGCCAAAGGAGCCGUCCAAGGGGGCCUGGACACCACAAAGUCUAUGGUAAUGGGCACCAAGGACACAGUGUCCACUGGGCUCACGGGGGCAGUGAAUGUGGCCAAAGGAGCCGUCCAAGGGGGCCUGGACACCACAAAGUCUAUGGUAAUGGGCACCAAGGACACAGUGUCCACUGGGCUCACGGGGGCAGUGAAUGUGGCCAAAGGAGCUGUCCAGACCGGCAUGGACACCACCAAGACCGUGCUGACUGGCACCAAAGACGCUGUAUCUACUGGACUUACAGGGGCAACGAACCUGGCCAAAGGCACAGUCCAGACCGGCCUGGACACCACCAAGACCGUGCUGACCGGCACCAAAGACGUCGUUUGUAGUGGGGUGACCGGAGCCGUGAAUGUGGCCAAGGGAGCCGUCCAAGGGGGCCUGGACACAUCAAAAGCUGUCCUCACAGGCACCAAAGACACAGUGUCCACUGGGUUCACGGGGGCAGUGAACAUGGCCAAAGGCACAGUCCAGACCGGCCUGGACACCACCAAGACCGUGCUGACCGGGACAAAAGACGCAGUGUGUAGUGGGGUGACCGGAGCCAUGACCAUGGCCAAGGGAGCCCUCCAAGGGGGCCUGGACACAUCAAAAGCUGUCCUCACAGGCACCAAAGACACAGUGUCCACUGGGUUCACGGGGGCAGUGAACGUGGCCAAAGGCACAGUCCAGACCGGCCUGGACACUACCAAGACCGUGCUGACCGGGACGAAAGACACAGUGUCCACUGGGCUCACGGGGGCAGUGAACGUGGCUAAGGGAGCUGUCCAAGGGGGCCUGGACACAUCGAAAGCUGUCCUCACAGGCACCAAAAACACAGUGUCCACUGGGCUCAUGGGGGCAGUGAACGUGGCCAAAGGCACUGUCCAGACCGGCCUGGACACCACCAAGUCCGUCCUGACCGGCAGCAAGGACACCGUGUGUGGUGGGGUGACUGGAGCCGUGAACGUAGCCAAAGGAGCUGCCCAGGGCGGCCUGGACACUACCACAUCUGUCCUCAUGGGCACCAAGGACACAGUGUCCACUGGACUCAUGGGGGCUCUGAAUGUGGCCAAAGGGGCCGUCCAAGGCGGCCUGGACAUCACCAAGACCGUGCUGGUCAGCACCAAAGAUGCAGCCACAACCGGGCUUGCAGGGGCAGGGAACGCGGUCACAGAUGCAGCCCACACUGGUCUCAGCACUGUCCGCAAGUGGCUCCCUGAUACCCAGGAUACCAUCUGGGAUGGAUCUACCAGCUGCAAGACCACAGAGAAAGGCAGGGAACACCAUGCCCUGAGACCCCAAGAGGCCCUGUCGUCCGGGGCCUCCAGUUUCUCGGACCCACUUGGUGCAGGCCUGCAGUUGGCUGGGGAAACCACAGCUGCCUGCAGGAGCCUGGAGUCUGACACGGCCACGGGCACUCACGGUGGCCACCAAGGAGCCACCAGCUCCACGGUGCUCCCGGACGAGCUGGAGGGGCUGGGGGAGAUCUUCCAGCCCAUGAGCGCUGAGGAGCAAGCCCGACUGGCAGCCUCUGAGCCCGGGCCCAAGGUGCUUUCGGCCGACCAGAGGAGCUACUUUAUCCGUCUGGGUGACCUGGCCGCCGGCUUCCGCCAGCGAGCUUUCGAACAUGCCCUGAGCCACGUGCAGCACGGCCAGUUCCAAGCCAGGGACGCUGUGGCCCAGCUCCAGGACUCCUUCCGGGCGAUUGAAAAAGCCACGCAGGCUCCUGAAGGGAAGUUGUGCCUGAACCCGGGCUGGAACGCCCCAGUGGAGGACGCUGGGUCCUCAGAGGUGUUGGCCAAGGUCUGCACGCUCAUCUGGCAGCUGCACACAGCCUACAGCAGCCUGGCCACUGGCCUGCAGGGCCUGCCCGAGUACCAACGGCAGGUGGGCCGGGCGCGGCACAGCCUCUGUGAUCUCUACGGCAUUGUAUCCUCGGCGGGCUCUGGUGAGGAGCUGCCGGCUGAGCGCCUAGCACAGAGCCGAGAGGGCAUGGGCCAGGCAUGGCAUGGGCUGGAACAGCUGCUGGAAGGCCUGCAGCACUGCCCACCCCUGGGCUGGCUGGUGGGGCCUUUCGCCUUGGCCCCCAGCACGCAGCAGGUGUAGUAGACACCACAGACCAGGUGCAGGCGUCUCCCUGCCUGCCCACCUGGGGAGCCCCUUCAAAACCUUCUCCCCUUCCUGAAGGUCCUGGUCCCGCAGGCUAGAGCCGGGCAGACCCCAAGGACUAAAGGGACACAAUUUCUGAGUUCCACCACCUCGUACCAGGCCAGGCCUGCCUGCACCUCCUGUCCCUUUUCCAGAUGCCCCUGAUCGAGGACUGUGGCCUCCAACUGAAGGUGGCAACUGGGCCCCCAGUCAGGAGAGAGCCAGAUGUGUGGCCAGUCUGAAAGGGCCCACGUGCCCUCGCUAUGCCCCUUCUAUCUCUGGGGACUCUUCUGCUGCCACAACGGGGGUGCCUCCUGAAAGUGU